AAAAGACCUUCCUUGGGUUGGUUAUAGUUUAGAAAAUCCAAAACUAACCACAGCUAGUUACUGAUAUCGGCGUUAAUUAAGUAUACUUGGGCACAAAACUAUUUUAUCUAAAUUUAAUUCAUCGGAUGCCUAAAAUGUCCGCUGAAUUAGUUGUUACGGGUCUACCCGGCGAUGUGACUUUUCCGAAAAUCUUAAGCACUUUCCGGAUGUUAUUAAAACGAAUACACAUAAAGCAAUUCUGGAUAGGCGAUAUCGCCGACGUGCAGGGUUAUAUGAAGCAGAUAACUAUCAAAUUAAGUACCAAUGCCGACGCGCGUAAAGCUCAGAACUGUUUGGACAACAUGCCAUUUAAGUAUAAUAUGAUGGAGUACCCUAUGCAGGCGUAUAUUCCUGGAAACCAGGAAUUCAUGAAUUUUGAGAAUGAGGAUGAAUUUGAAGACUGGGGGCGCAAGCCAAGGCACAAGCGUACGAGGGCGCGGUCUCGCAGCCCGGGGUACAGACAGGAGGCGUCUAAACUUGAUAUGGAGAUAGAGUUACUAAGGAAGCAGAGGCAGGUGAUAGAAGAAGAAAGAAGAUUGCUUAUGGAGCAGAAGAAAUUGGAGAUGAUCAAGGAAUACGGGCCGAGCGUCUCGCGAGAUUUCGAUAAUCUCAAAGAUUACGGAUCACCUCGCAAGAGACGUCAGCCUGAACCUGUACCAAAAGCAAAAAGGCCUCAUCAGGAGGCCCAGAGGGUCCCAAAAGUCCCCAAGGGCCCAAAAAAUCAACCCCGCUUGCCCCUCUUCUUCCAUCCGUGCAAAAAGCUUAUAAGCCAAAUGAGACCGAUCAUAGAUAGGGAUACUACUCCUGAAGAAGCUGAAAUACUGGUUAAACUGAUCAGAGCUGCUAUAAGGAAGGAUUUGGCUAUAGCUUUAGAGAAUAAAGAAUAUAUGAAACACGCGGAGAUCAUUGACUUGUACAGAGAAAGACAUCCGCCGGAACAAGAUGAAGCUUUUGUUGCUAAAAUUUUAGCCAAUAUAAGAGCAAGUUUUCUGACUCCUGAAGUUAAAGUGGAAAAGGUCACUGAUGAUGUCCCGAAAGACACGGAAAAUCAAGUAAAUGAUAAACAGGGGGAAGCUGAUGAAAAAACACCAGAGGUACCGGAAAAUGGAGAAAAAGAUACAGAUGGCGCUACCGCUACAACAGACGGUGCCGUGACCGAACCACAGUCUCAAGAGCUUGAAAACCCUGUAGAGAAACUAGACGCUACCACCGAUGGUGCGGUGACCGAACCAAAGUCCCAAGAGCUUGACAACCCUGUGGGGGAAGCUGAGAAGGCGAAUGGUACUGCAUUCAUUGCAGCCGAUAAUAGUGUGUUGGACGAGAUCCAGGCAAAGGAGGAGGAAUUGCUGGCAGGUGAGGAUUCUAAGCCCGCUGACGGGGCUGCAGAACAGUGAACUGUAGAUUAAAGUGUAAUAAUAUUAUCUUAGCCAUGUAAGAUAUAUUAUGUAUCAUUAAGAAAUAAAGAGUGUGC